AUGAGACGCCGCGCAAAAACACCCGUCUACACCAUCGGCCAGCUUGAGAGCACCCCUGGUGCCAAAGAUCCGGUCGUAAUCGACAGGUCUAGCGUGGACCUGAUUGCCAAGCAAUAUCAGGCUCUUAUUGAGUCGCAAGAUUCGAACUCCAUCUGCACCGAUACGCGAUCCGAUCCGCCGCCCUCGCGACAAUCCUCGUACACCAGUUCUUCGUUGGCGCGGUCAACAUGCAGCGCUGGAGAGGUCUCGGAGGACUUGAGAUCAGACGUAUAUCAGUCUCCGGCCCGUACACACCGACGGCAUGUCUCGGCACACUCUCCGACGUCAGACGACGGGACCUUGGUCGCCUUUGACGAAGAGGCCAUAUACUUCAAGCCCAUGUCUUUCUCUCCCGAACCGUCAUCGCCAUCCUUGCCACCAACUCCACCACCAAGAAGCCGGGCCCGCGUCCAGCGCAGCUCGGAGUUUCCUGCGCCAGACCACAACCUCAGCCUGCAAAUCUGUACGGACCUUCUGGCGCGAGAGCUUUCGACGGCCAUGAUAGAACGGCCGCGGGGAAGUGGAGAGGAUAUCUCAUCUCUUCAGAUAUGGGUCAUGAUUGAGGCGUAUGAAAGAUUAAGAGACCAGGUCAAGGAUAAAGAAGGCGCACAACACUUGGAGCCUGUGUUCGACACAUGGCUGGCGGCUCUGUACGCUUUACACGACAAGCUCACAAACGACGCGAAUUCCUUCCAGAGUCACUAUGAAACGACAGGCGCGGACUAG